UUUAAAUACACAUAUAGCUUCAGUAGUUAAUACAUAGUUGUCAUUGUUCAUCAGCAAUUAAGAUAUCAACAUUAAGUCAAAAUGCCUGCUAAAUUCAAACUAUCUUACUUCGACAUUAGAGGAAGAGCAGAAUUACCUCGACUUGUUUUUGCUGCGGCUGGAAAAGAGUUUGAGGACGAGAGACUAAGUGGCGAUAAAUGGACAGCUUUUAAACCAAAAACACCAUAUGGUCAGAUGCCUGUAUUAACUGUGGAUGAUAAAACUAUGAUUAACCAGACUGGUGCCAUUACCCGAUACCUUGCUCGUGAAUUUGGGUUGUAUGGUUCAAAUAAUAUGGAAAAUACAAAGUGUGACGUCAUCAUUGAAACUGUAUCGGACGUGUUUACUGCUAUGAUUAAAUCACAUUACGAACAGGAUGAAGCUAAAAAGGAAGAACUUGGUAAAAAGUUAGGCACAGAAGUUAUACCCCAAUUUUUCACUUAUUUGUGCAAGGUGCUGAAAGAAAAUGGUGGAAAAUGUCUCGUGGGAUCGAAGUUGACAGUUGCGGAUAUGGCUGCUUUUGACAUGAUUGAUAAACUAGUAUGUAACCCAAAGAUGGGAGAAGGCGUGUACAAAGACUUUCCAGAAAUCAAAAAGUUUUACGAAAGUGUAAAAACAAAUGCUAAGGUACAGAAAUAUUUAGAGAAGCGACCGGCAUCGGAAAUGUAAAUCUAUGAACAUUGUUUUAAUUUAAUUUUAUUUAUUCGUUUAUUUGAACAUAAACAUGGUCCAGCAUUAAUAGAUAUAGAUAUAUGAACAAACCUUUUGAUACUUUUUACAUUGUAUACAAUAAUUAUAGCACAUGGUUUUGUUUCAGUAUUUACUUUAUAGCUUUAAUACCUGUUUACUGAAUCUGUUUUACAAAUUGCAAUUUACUGAAUUAAAAUGUGGUGACGCUGUG